AUGGACCGCUCCAAGAAGCCAUCUGCCAUCGGCGUGGGCGCAUCCCUCCCGCAGCCAUCCGUCUCUGUUCAGGAUGGCUUGAUCGAGGCCAGCUUGCCCUCUGGUGAAUCCGUCACCGUCUACCUCUAUGGGGCCACCGUUACUUCCUGGAAAGCCAAUGGUCAAGAACAGCUCUUCCUAAGCCAAAAGGCGGUUCUGGAUGGCUCUAAGCCUGUCCGCGGAGGAAUUCCCCUGGUCUUCCCGGUCUUUGGUCCCCCUCCUCAAAAUCAUGCGACCUCCUCCCUUCCCCAACAUGGCUUCGCCCGCAAUUCAACCUGGGAGUUCCUCGGCAAAUCCUCGUCGGAGGCGAGCAAGGGCGACUUCGCUGUGAAGCUGGAUUUCGGAUUGUCACACACCAUGCUGAGCGAGGAAUUCCGCAAGGCCUGGCCAUAUGAGUUUGGCCUGGUUUACAGCGUCACGCUGACCAAGAGCGCACUCAAAACCUCUCUGCAGGUCACAAAUGAAGGCAAAGAGAAUUUUGAGUUCCAGGUCUUGAUGCACACGUAUUUGAGCGUCGAGGACAUCUCCAAUAUCCGCAUCAAGAACCUCGAGUCCAAGACCUACGUCGACAAGACCCGCAAUGACCUGGACCCCACCAAACCGAUCAUUGUCUCCACUGCAUCUGACGAUCAGCCUCUGUUCAGUAUCACUCGAGAGGCACUGGGCGACAUUGUUGUCUGGAAUCCCUGGGUCGAGAAGGCAAAGGGAAUGUCUGACUUUGGCCCCGACGAGGCGUACAAGAACAUGGUGUGCGUUGAAUCUGGAAGUGUUUCGACAUGGCAAACUUUGGAGGCUGGUGACUCAUGGGAGGGUGUGCAGAGCAUCAAGUCCCGUUUGUGA